AUGCUUACUCCACCUACAACAGACAAUCGUAGCCGGCCACACUCGCACUCACGAUCGACAUCGCCCAUCCGUGCUGCACCCUACCACACCAUGAAGAAGCCGCAUCAUGCUGUUAUCAAUUCGUCACAGAGCAAGUGGCAACAGCUAGUAGUUGGGGCCAGUUCAGCAGCCGGCACAACAGCAGCCGUUGUGAGCGAAGAAUCGAUGAAGUGCCUAAAGUACUGUCUCAGCUGGCUUCAAUACGCCGUUCAACACAUCGAGCAACAAAUGACUCUUUUGCGCAACUUUCUUGUUUCGCUUGCAACCGCCCAAUCUUCCUCUACAUCUAAUUUGUCGACAUCGCUCUCAGCUCCCGGGCAGAAAUCUAACUCACCUGCACUAUCGUCAAUAAAAAAGGACAUUGUUGAGACACUACGCAAAGUAGUCGACGUUAUCAGCCGCUAUGCCGGAACUUCUUUACCCCAACACGCCAAAGUAGCUGUUCGCGGCUUUAUCCUUAACUUACCCGGUCGAUGGGCAAGUCUAAAUGAUAUUCACUCGACCGCCACUUCUCCUGCAAGUUCACCAAUGCUUGGCCCUCGGACUCACGAAAGUUGUGACAUGAACGGUCUUCCACGCGUUGGGAACAAACGUCAAGAAGAGACGGCCAUUCGACUACUCACAUUUGGCCAAGAGUCUGUUGACAUGCUUCAAUCGAUCUCGAGUGUGUUUUCAGAAACUGUUGAGCGUGCAGAGCUCUGGCUUGAUCGCCUUAGACUGGUGCGUGUUCCAGGCAUCAGUGCAGCUGAACAGGACGACAAACAGCAACACCCGGACAACCAAAAUAGCAACAGCAACAGUGAUGAUCUUGACAAUGUACGGCUGCCACCUAUUCGAACACUCGAUCCACCAAAUCACUAUUCUUUUGAUCGGACUGAAAAGAUGGAUUUGGAUCACUAA